AUGUUGAAGAACCUCGAGGUUCGAUCUGCAGCAGUCCGAGAACACAGGAGCAGCAAUCUUGAAGAGAAGAAUGUUUUCUUUUACUUGACAAGUGUCCCUUGUGGUACUGUGGUGUCUGGAGACCGGGGAGAGUCACUGAACCAGUUUCAGGCUGAUGGGGAUUACAUCCUUGGAGGUCUCUUUCCACUUUACUCUGCUAACGUGAAUAGAGCUAAGAGAGCAAGUUCAGAAUCACACAAGUGUGAAAGAAUCCAACUUGAUGGUUUCCUCUGGGCUCAAGCAAUGAAAUUUGCUAUUGAAGAAAUCAAUAACUCUAGCACUCUACUACCAAAUGUGACGCUGGGAUAUGACAUCCAGGACACCUGUCUCAUGUCCUCUGUUGCAAUGCGCUCGGCCUUUUCCUUCUUAACUACGGAAGGUGGAACUACGUUUGAAGUGAAGUGUGAUUACACAAAUCAUAGCUCCCGAGUGCUUGCCAUCCUUGGUCCUUCUACAUCCGAGCUCUCCAGAAUCACUGCUCGACUUUUCAGCUUCCUCCUCAUUCCACAGAUUAGUUAUUUUGCUUCAAGCAAUUUAUUUAAUGAUAGAAUGAACUUCCCAUCAUUCUUCCGGACAAUUCCCAUGGAUGAAGUCCAGGCUGCAGCUGUGGUAUCAAUUGUGGAGACAUUUCACUGGAACUGGAUAGCAGUGGUCGGGACGGACAACACGUAUGGUCGAAGGGCAAUGCAGCAUUUCACAAAACUCGUCUCCAAAACUGACAUUUGCAUCGCAUUCGAGGAACUGAUUCCUGUGAAUGUACGUGGCCUUAAACUGCAGAAGAGAAUGGCAUCGAUCAUCUCACACAUUGUUCUCUCACAGGUUAAUGUCACAGCAGUGUUUGCAGAGGAUAUUUAUGCUGAGGUAUUGCUGAUGGUAGCCCUGGAGCAGAACAUGACAGAGAAGGUAUGGAUUGCCAGUGAGAGCUGGAUUACCUCUGAAGCAGUGCCAGCAUCCCAAAUAUCUCAAGCAUCGGGGCCAUCCUGGGUAUGUAGCAGGAAUGAGCACUAUCCGGAGAUGAAAAAUGAAGAAGCAUCUGUGGUUAUUGGUGAAGACUUAGAACAUAUUUCAUUCAGUGUUUACUCAGCAGCUUACACAGUAGCUCACGCUCUCCAUAGCCUACUUCACUGUGAUUUAGGAUCCUGCAACAAGGGCAACACGUACCCAUGGCAGCUACUUAUAGCAGUCAAAGAAGUUAACUUCACCCUCCACAACCGAGUUAUUUCCUUUGAUGAGGAAGGAAACCCACCAACAGGAUAUGACAUCAUUAACUGGAAAUGGAAAGGUGAGAAUCUGAUUCCAGAAUUCAGAGUGAUUGGCGAAUACAGGGCUCAGGAUAAAGAACUUCUAAUAAAUGCAUCCCUGAUUGACUGGAACACCCUGCAGAAUAAGAUUCCUGACUCCAACUGCUCAACUUCCUGUGAAUCUGGGCAAGUGAAAAUAGUGAAGGGGCAUCUUUCUUGUUGUUAUCAGUGUGUGGACUGCCUGGCAGGAACAUUUCUGAGUGAUGAUGAACAGUGCCUUCCGUGCCAGAAAGAUGAGUGGUCACCACCAAGAAGUGUGAAAUGUGAAAAGAAAGUGAUCACGUUCUUUCAAUGGACGGAAACUCUGGCCAGUUUGCUAGCCACGCUGGCGGCUGUUGGCCUCUUCAUCAUCAUGGCAGUAAUUGUCAUUUUCAUCCUCAAUCUCAACAGCCCCAUGGUCCAGCUGGCAGGAGGGACAACCUGCCUGGUGAUGCUGAUAUUCAUUGCCAUAACCUGCUGCAGCAUUUACUUUUUCCUGGGGAAGCCAAACUGGUUUCUAAGUAGAGUUCGGCAGCCUCUUUUCUCAAUUGGCUUUGCUGGCUGUUUAUCAGCCAUGCUGGUGAAGUCAUUUCAAUGUGCUCUGUGUGCAACCUGGCAGUCCAGGUCUCCUCCAUUUGUCUUUGCAAACUACAAUAUCUCUGUCACAGAAAUAUUCAUGGAAUGUAAUGAGGGCUCUUUAACUGGCUUUGGGUUACUUCUGAUCUAUAAUAACCUGCUUGCCCUUGCGUGUUUUCUGUGUACUUUCAUGGGCCGAAGUACAGUCAAAACUUACAAUCUAAGCCGAUACAUUACCUUUGCUAUGCUCAUCUACCUCACCGUUUGGGUCUUCUUCAUCCCAGCCUAUACUACUGCCAAGGGCAAGUUUGUCUCCUUCUUGGAGCCAUUUGCAGGUCUGGUGAGUGUGUAUGGAAUCAUCACAGCCUACUUUCUACCCAAGUGCUACAUCAUUCUCUUUAAACCAGAGUACAACACCCAAUCUUACUGUCAGGUGACUACAGACAAUCCUUCGUCCAAUGCAGAAGGCCAAUGA